AUGGCUGGGACGUCCACCGCGUUAGGUCGAGACGCGGAAUGCGAAACCACGCCUCAACGGACUUACAUGCGAGCAGACGACAAGAACUGGGAUCUGAUGGGACUGAAUCUGACAUUGCUCUCACUGGCAGGAGUCCUCCCCACCCCAAACAUCGCUUCCAGCUCUUGGAAACUCCGGUUCUACCACGCCUAUCCCUCCCUCAUGUUGGUUCUGUAUUUGAUGGUGUUUACAGCUCAGUGUCUCGCCUUGUACAAAUUCUGGGGAGACCUGGAUGCCAUCACAGACAACGCCUUUACCAUGGUCGGCGUCUUCAUGUGCUACAUCCAGGCAGCCUACGCAGUCACAAACAGUCGAAAAAUCCUCCGCCUCGUCGACACACUACAGAUGAAACUCACGCCCCAGAUGUUGACUCUGGCCUCCGGGGAAGAUCAAUCAAUCAUGGUCGCAAAAACUGCUCGGAAGACCAGGGCGCUGACGUGGACGAUGUUCGUUAUCGUCCACGGGAUGCUGAUCUCUUGGAUUGCAAUGCCGAUAAUCCAGAAGUACAGUCACGAACCUGACGAGGAACACCGGAACGCAGACAAGCCGUCGCCUUACUUCUGUUUCAUAAUUUGGCUACCGUUCGACGCAACGCGCUCUCCGACGUACGAAAUCGUCUACACGAUCCAGACGAUAUGUUUCCUGAUGGCGUGUCUGUACUACACCUCGAUGAAUACCGUCUUCAUGACUUUCAUCAUUCACACGGCCACGCAGUUCAGGGGCCUCGCGAUGUCGCUCCGAGACAUGGACAAGCUGUUCCCCGCGCAGGACAUGGGCCUCGAGGACAGGCGUCUCCCGAGUGGCGUCGAAUUAAAUGCGCAUUUCAUAGAGUGCAUCAAGCAUCACCAGGCAAUCAUCAGAUUCGCUAAGGAACUCAACGAGGUCCUAAGUCCACUUCUACUCUUCUAUUUCUUCUGCAGUCAGCUCAUCAUGUGCGUCGUCACAUUCCAGGUGGUUCUGAGUUGGGGUCAGGGGAAAAGCGUGCUCAAGUUCGUCCUGGGACUGGCCGCGGCAGCUUGCGGGCCGCUCGUGUUCUGCUGGUUCGGCACUGACAUCAUGCAGGAGAGCUUGGCAGUGCAGCAAGCAGCCUACGGGUGCAACUGGUAUCACCACCCCCCAAGCUUCAAGUUUCUCCUGUCUGUGGUAAUCAUGAGGGCCCAAAAACCUGUGCACCUCAGCGCAGGCAUGUUCUACGAAGUCUCUCUGACGACAUUCACUCAGAUGCUGAAUACUGUGUACACGUACUUCGCUGUACUGAAGCAGCUGUAUGACGAAUAGACAGCGAGCAUUUGUUCACAUCAGGAUGUGCAACGUUCAAGCUACGACAUAUCCGGCGUCACCAUUUACAUAUCCCUUUAUUCCGACACUGUAUUUACUUGAACAAAUAGAUUAAAAAGAAAAGGCUUCAAACCCAGAGCGAA